AUGGUGCAUAUAUGUGAAAGGGAAGAAAUAACACAACAUGAGUACGGACCAGCCAACCAGAAGAUAUUUAGUGCAGCUGGUCCACUUUGCUUUAACCUCUACAAGCCCUACAAAUAUCAAAACAAAAGCCAAGAGAAAGGUGUAUGUUUUAUAGCAGUUGUCAACACAGCAAUUCAAGUGUUGACCUCCAACCUGGCCAAGUGGCAACAGGAGAAGGAAGCUUUACAAGAAAAAUUGAAGUUGAGAGAACAUCUGUCUCUAACUGCUGGAAAGUGUGAAGCCACACCAGCUCCUUCAAAGAACAUCGAUUUGGAGAUGAAACAGCUGCAGUGCAAACUAAAGAAUUCGAAUAAUGAAAUCACUAAGCAAUCAACCACCAUUAAGUCACUAAAAAACGAAGUCCAGGAAAAAGAAGAACGGAUUCGGGAACUACAAGCAAAGAUUUCUCGACUGGACAGGGACCUUAAUAUGAAAAGACAUUUGAUAGAAGACUUAAGGUCUCGCCUAAAAACAAAUCAAGAAAAUGAGAAAACUUCUAAUGAAACAUUAGAAAGUCUUGAGAGAAAGAUAAAGGCACUGGCUGAAGACUGUUUAAACAAAAAAACUUCCAUUGACUCACUGAAACACAAACUGAAUGUAGCUACAAAAGAAAAGUCUCAAUAUGAGCAGAUGUAUCACAAGGCUAAAGAUGAGUUGGAGAAAAAGAAUCACAAGCUUACCAAUCUAGAGAGCAAAAUGACUGAGACUGAAUGUGCCAUGACUGAACUUGAGACUACUGCAUCUCAACAACUACAUGGCUUGGCUAAACAGAGCAGACAGGCUUUGGAAACUGUACAGAAGCAGCUGCUGCUCACCAAUGACAAAGUAGAACAGUUCAUGACAUUUGUGAAGGCUCUAACCGGAGAGCUACAGCACAGCGUACAAGAGCUGAGAACAAAAAUCAAACAGGCAAAAAAAAUGGGAGAAGUGAGAGUGUGCAAAAAGGGUCUUUCCCAGGAAUCUGUUCAGUUGGCAGCAGCUAUUCUUAAUGUUUCAACAACUGAUCUUGAGGAGAUACUGGAAGUAGAAGAUGAUGAGGAAACAGCAAAAACAAAAAUGGAAUUUGAAAACGAUAAAGAAUGGCUGCAGUAUAUACAUAACCUUCUUGAAGCACAGGUGCUAAUUUAUACCUUUCCUUAA